AUGGCCAGCCUGGCCCUGCUGCUGCUGCUGCUGGACGCCAGCCCCGUGCUGGGCACUGCCACCGCCGGCAUCAAGGGCAGGGUGACCCGCAGCGCCCUGGACUACGGCCACCGGCUGGGGCUGCACGCGCUGCACGCGCUGCUGCGCGCCGAGCACGAGCUCAACCUGACGGGCUCCUACCGCGUGCCGCUGCUGGGCGAGCUGCGCUUCGCCGUGCCCCGGCUCCGCGUGCAGGGGCUGCAGCUCAACGACUCCUCCGCGGAGUUUGCGCCGGCCGUGGGCGUGCGGCUCUCGCUGCGGCGCGCGGAGCUCCAGCUCCACGCAGAGUGGGCAGCCCAGCUCUGGCCAGUCCAGGACGGUGGCACCGUGGACGUGCACGCGGGUGACGUGGCCGUGGCGGCGGUGCUGGCGGUGGGCGCCGAUGCCGGGGGCCGUCCCGCCGUCCGGAGCACCGACUGUCACUCCAGCAUCGGCAGCCUGCGCCUGGAGUUCCAUGGCGGGCAGAGCUGGCUCUACAACCUGCUGGCGCCGGCGCUGCAGGGACCCCUGCGCCUGGAGCUCAACAAGCACCUCUGCACGGAGCUGCAGCGCCAAGUGCGCAGGCUGCAGGACACACUGGACAGCUGGAGAGUGUCCGUCCAGCUGGACCCCUUCGCUGCCAUCGACUACUCGCUGCUGCAGGAGCCGGAGAUCACGGCGGAGCACGGGGACCUCAGCAUUAAGGGGGAGUUCUUCGGCGUGGGCCGGCGGCAGCAGAGCCCCUUCUCGGCGGCGCCGGUGCCGCUGCCGGUGGCGGAGGAGCCCAUGCUGCUCGUGGGYGUCACCGAGUUCGUCGCCAACUCCGCGGCCUUCGUGUACUUCACGGCCGGCGCCCUGCGCUGGACCGUCACCGGUGCCAUGCUCCCGCGGCGCUUCCCGCUCCGCCUGAGCACCGAGGGCCUGGGGCUCUUCGCCCCGCAGCUGCAGGAGCUCUACCCGGAGCGGCCYGUGGAGCUGGUGCUCUGGGCCCGCCGGCAGCCCCUGCUCUGGUGCCGCCCGGCCGGGCUGCGCCUGGCCCUGCGCGGYGCCGCCGAGGCCUCCGUGCUGCUGCCCAACGGCACCCGCGCGCCCGCCUUCCUGCUGCGCAUCGAUGCCAACGUGACGGGGAAGCCGGUCCUCAGCGCGAGCAGGAUCGGGGGCUCCGUGAGCCUGCUGGGCCUCAGUGUGGAGCAGGAGGAGUCGCACGUGGGGCCGCUGGAGGUGAAGAGCCUGGAGAACCUGCUGAGCUUCGGGCUGCGGCUCUUUGGGCUGCCGCUGGCCAACCGGAAGCUCCGCGCCGGCUUCCCGCUGCCCGUCCCGCGCGGCCUGCGCCUGCUGCAGCCCCGCGUCACGCUGCAGGAGGGCUUCGCUCUCGUCACCACAGACCUGCAGUACGAGCCCUGA